AUGAGUUUAAAAAAAUAAAUGAAAGAUUUAUAAUAAGAAGUAGAUUAUAAAAAUUAAGAAAUAAAUACUAUGAAAAAGAAUAUAAAAUACACUACAUAUCAAGAAAUAAAUAGUGAAAACUAAGUUUUAUAAGGUGAGUUAUUAAAAUGUAAAAAAAUUAUAGAUGAAUAAAUUAAUUAAAAGGCAUAAAAUAAUAAUUACUUUGACAAAGCGAAUGACUUAGAAAAAAAUACAUCAAAUUAAAAUCAUAAUAUGAAAAUUUACAAAAAUAAUACCUUAAUGCAUAAUAAAAUCUAAAAAUAUAUGAAGAAAAAUAUAUGUAAUUAGAAUUUUAAUAUAAUAGUGUUUCAAAAGAAAUUUGUCUUUAUCAAUAAGAAAUUUAUUAAUUAAAAAUGAGAGAGCAUGAAUUCCUUA